AUGGCAUCUAAUAAUGCGCGACUACGACGUAAUAGUGUUCUGGGACGUCAAUUAUCAAUACUAGAUAUAAAUGACAAUAAAACAACUAAACAGCAAACACCAGUCAAAGUACUUGUUGUCAAUGGUAAAUGCUCUGACAUAUUCAAAUCAACAUUAGAAGAUUGUGUUGAAGAGUGUGUAUUAGAAUUCACAGGUGAGAAUUCAAUUUAUGUACAAAAACCAGGGCAAACAGUACAACUACCAGCUCGUAGUAGACAAGUUUCGUCAUUGUCCUUAAAAGAGCCAACUUCUAAUAUACUUCCAUCAUCAAGAUUUCAACGUCGACGAAGUUCGAUAAAUCCAUGUAGUUUACCACCAAUCAGCAGUGUACGUACUAGUCAAAGUGGUAAUUUUUCAUUACCAAUUACAACUUUAACAUCGGCACCUACAUCGCGUAUGCGCCAUCAAUUCAAUCAACCGAAAUUCUCUCUCGUAGAAAAUAUAACUGAAGAAUCAACCGAUAUUCAAACAAUAAUUGAACAAACACAAACUCAAGUAACAAAUGAAACAGACUCCGACUUUGCACAUGCAUCUCCAGAGGAAAGAUUAGCCCGCCAAUCGAAUGUUGAUAGCCUAUCUCAAACAGUUUCAAAUUCCAAUCGGCAAAGUUCAUCAACUCAAAAUAAAAUGUCAUAUCGUGAUCGUCAAAAAGGUUAUCGUCUUUCCGAUUUAGUAAUGCUAGGUCCGGAGUAUUUUGCUCAUGUAUUUAAUCUUCCGCGUACAACACGAUAUCCAACGGAAGCAUCAUCUAGACAACGUUCAAGUAAUCAACAAAGAAAAAAUAAAACCGAUGAAAAAAAUAAUGAUCUUGAUCGAAUAAAACAAGAUCUAUUUCAUCGAUAUUUAUGGACACAACAGCCACAAGUAUCAUGCCGUAUUCGACCAAUAACAAGCUAUGCACGUAGUACAACGUUUGUCAUUUAA